UCAAAUACACUUUUAGCAUCUAACUUAAUUGUUUCUUAAUAUUAAAAUUAAAUAUUUCAGAUGCCAGUUGAAGAUAUCUCCAAGUCAUCAAAACUUCUCAUUGAGGCACUUAGACUUCGUGAGAAGUACAUGGCAUGGGCAGUUCAAAGUUUCCCCAGUGUGACUGCUCGUUUUUUACGUGAGGCUGGCAUGGAGGACCCUAUGGGUCAGGGCCUACGCUAUGCUGGUGCUUGCAGUGAUCCCAAAAGUCUUGAAGAUGUCUAUACCAUUCCUGGCUACAUGGCCAUACACAACUGUAGAACAGACCAGCAAGGGGGAGGAACAGCUAUAUACUACUCAAAUCAACUCGAAUGUAUCAACAAAUCUUGCACAAGGGACGAACAUGAUCACCCUAUUGACCCACCUCGUAAAGAAGUUAGUCCUUGGAAGACUGAUGUUCCAGAGAACUGUGGCUAUCAAUUUCAUAUGCUUGAUGGUGUUUUCCAGAUAUAUCCUAAUGAUGAGGCCGUACAGCGGAAUGAACCUCUACCUUACAACUAUCCAGAUUUGUCUCGCUAUAUUCAAGAUAUGAACUUACUCUGUGCUCUCAUUGCCAAUGGUCCGGUGAAGUCAUUUUGUUAUCGUCGUCUACAGUACCUUUCCUCGAAGUUUCAACUCCAUGUUCUUCUUAAUGAAAUGAGAGAACUUGCUGCUCAGAAGGCUGUUCCUCAUCGAGACUUUUACAAUAUAAGGAAGGUAAUAAUUAUUAUAAUAGUUAUCUUGAUCUGGCUCAGAUGGACUCAUAAAAAAUUAAUGUUAAUUUUUUAUAAAAUAUGCGGGGAAGUAAUGUUUGAUCUAGAGGAGGGCAAGUACCAGAAUGCUGAGUUGCGACUUUCAGUAUAUGGCAAGUCAGCAGACGAAUGGGACAAACUGGCUCGUUGGGCAGUAAAGCACAAUGUGCAUUCAGAGAACGUGCGUUGGCUAAUUCAAGUGCCACGACUUUAUGAUAUCUACAAGAGCAACAAUAUAAUAGAUAAUUUCAGCAUCAUACUUGAUAACCUGUUCCGUCCAUUGUUUGAAGUGACCAUCAACCCCAGUAGUCAUCUAGAACUUCAUGCCUUCUUGCAAUAUGUGAUUGGGUUUGAUAGUGUGGAUGAUGAAAGUAAACCUGAAACUUCAGUAAUGGACAAAGACACUCUGCCUCCACAACUGUGGUCAAACAUGGAGAAUCCACCUUAUGCCUACUACCUCUACUACAUGUAUGCUAAUAUGUGCACAUUAAAUCAACUGAGGUUAGAGCGAUCUCUAAACACUUUUGUGUUACGGCCACACUGUGGUGAGGCUGGAUCCAUUCAGCACUUGGUAACUGGUUUUCUGCUCGCAGAAAAUAUUUCACAUGGUUUACUUCUGCGCAAAGCUCCAGUAUUGCAGUUCCUCUACUACCUGGCUCAAAUUGGUAUAGCUAUGUCACCUCUCUCCAAUAAUUCACUAUUCCUGAACUACCAUCGCAACCCUUUGCCAGAGUAUUUGGCACGAGGCCUCUUAAUAUCUUUAUCCACUGAUGAUCCACUCCAGUUCCACUUCACUAAAGAACCUCUCAUGGAAGAAUAUUCUAUUGCAACCCAAGUUUGGAAGCUCUCCCAAACUGAUAUGUGUGAACUGGCCAGAAACUCUGUUCUCAUGAGUGGCUUUGAACAUGAGAUCAAACAGUUUUGGAUUGGACCCAAUUACACACGUGAAGGUGUGGCUGGAAAUGACAUUAAGCGGACCAAUGUUCCCAACAUCCGUGUGGCUUACAGACAUGAGACACUACUUGAUGAGCUGGCGAACAUCUUCCAACAUCCAAGUGAUAAAGAAGAAAUUUGAACAUGCACAGUGCUGUGAAGUUAUGCAGUGUCCAGUUGUUUAACAUUUAUAUACAAAGUUUAGCAGAGCUAACUGAUCCAUACAGGUUUAUAGUGAUUAUUAUAUUUAGAAAGUUUAUAACCUACCCUAGAAUAUAUUAUACCUACGCUUAAGAAAUUGUCUUUAAUUGAAUACAGUAGGGCCCCACUUAUACGGCAGGUUAAGUUCCAGGCUACCGCCAUAAAGCGGAAAACAAACACACAAACAAACACACACACACACACACACACACACACACACACACACACACACACACACACACACACACACACGGGGCCAGGAGCUCGGACUCGGGGCCAGGAGCUCGGACUCGACCCCUGCAACCUCAACUAGGUGAGUACACACACACACACACACACACACAUGCACACACACACACAUGCACACACACACACACACACACACACACACACACACACACACACACACACACACACACACACACACACACACACACACACACACACACACACACACACACGGGGCCAGGAGCUCGGACUCGGGGCCAGGAGCUCGGACUCGACCCCUGCAACCUCAACUAGGUGAGUACUAGGUGAGUACACACACACACACACACACACACAUGCACACACACACACAUGCACACACACACACAUGCACACACACACACAUGCACACACACACACACGCGCACACACACACACACACACACACACACACACACACACACACACACACACACACACACACACACACACACACACACACACACACACACACACACACA